CAUGAUGACUUGCUGAUUGUCGACGGCGGCGAGGGUUUGAGCUUGAGGACUUCACCUGCGACGGGCGACAACUGGUAGCAGACGCUAGGCGGGGUGCCGGCACGUGCCGGGUGGCUGAAAUGGUCCUAUACAGAACGGACCUGCCGCUACCGGCAAACACCGGCCGUGUGUGGUCUGCAUUGUGUGCUGUUGGCUUUGCUGGAAUCGAGCUCCUCCAUCACCUCAAGACCCCCUCUUCACAAGGCAAAGGUGAAUAAUACUGCUUUUGAAUACCACCGCUGGUUGUGAUCUACGGAAUACGGCACUCGACGACGACGACUAUCUGGUUUUGCCUGGUUGAGAGAUGGAAAAUUUGCUCUUCAGCCGGCAUAAACAUGCUCGUCUUGACUCGCGCUUUCCGUAGCACGACACUCGGACGAGCUUUAGGUACUCAUUCCUGUUCUUUCACUCCGUGUAGUUUCCCGGGCUCCACACCACCUUUCCAUCUGUCACCAUGGUUCGCGUCUCUGUCCUGAACGACUGCCUCAACAACAUUGUCAAUGCGGAGCGCAGGGGCAAACGUCAGGUCCUUAUUCGUCCUUCCUCGAAGGUCAUCAUCAAGUUCCUCUCCGUCAUGCAGCGACAUGGUUAUAUUGGCGAGUUCGAGAUUGUUGACGAUCAUCGCUCCAACAAAAUAGUCGUUCAGCUUAACGGACGUCUGAACAAGACUGGAGUCAUUUCUCCUCGUUACAACGUCCAGGUCUCCCAGAUCGAGACCUGGGUCAACUUGUUGCUUCCUGCUCGUGGCUUCGGUAUCAUCAUCCUCACCACCUCCUCCGGUAUCCUUGACCACGAGGAAGCUCGUCGCAAGAACGUUGGUGGCAAGCUUUUGGGCUACGUGUACUAGAUGUAUGUUUCUUUCAUGUGCGCCUGUAGGGCAGGCUUUCAAAACACUAUGGCCUUCAUGUGCUUUUAAUACAUGAUUAUCUGCCGAGGUUGGGCAGCUUGUUUUUGAUAUUUUGUGUUUUGGUGUGAGAUAUCUCGCUCGGUGGUUCGUCCAGUUUUGCAAAGAGAUAUGAAGAUGCAAC